UUCGAUCUCUAUAGUAAUUUAAUCAUGACUUUUUCUUCCAGGAAACGCUUCUGGCUAGCUUUUUAUGACUUUUUCUAUCAAUGCAUGCUGGCUAGCUAGUUUCCAUUGAUAAAACCGGCCGGGGGGCUUUCUUUCGUCUUAAUUCGUUUUCUUUAUAUCGUGUCUAUUUUCUUGGCCCCUGGAGACGACAGACAAUAGAAUCGCUAACAUCAUGAAGCAAAAGAUUGUGGUGAAGGUGCAGAUGUAUUGUCAAAAAUGUCACACAAAGGCACUCAAGGUCGCAGCUGCUAUAAAUGGCGUGGAUUCUUUGACCUUAGGAGCGGAGAAAGAUGGAGCGGAGAAAGAUAGAGUGGUGGUGAUUGGGAAUGGAGUUGAUGCUGUAAAGUUGGCUACAAGUCUGAAAAAGAAACUGGAUCGGCCGGCCCAGAUUAUCAGUGUGGAAGUGGUGAAAGAAAGCUAACAUCAAGACCCCAUAUAUACUUGCGUGCAUGCCAUCCGACACGCACAGAGAGCUGAGAGUUGCAUGUUUUCUUUAUCAUUGGGCAGUACUUGAUCGAUCAGGGAGCUGAGAUUAUUUACUUAAUAUUGCUGGGAAAGAUUUUUUGUAUCUCUUCGUUAAUUCCUAAUUUUCUGAUCUCAUCAUGAAAAUGAUGUCAUUUGAGAUCCAGAUCAGAGGAUGCUAUUAUUAAUUUAUGUCAUUUGUCAUUCUCUUC